UCUAAACCAACAAUGAUAUCCAUGAGACUUGUUGCUAUGGUAACACCUAAGAUCAAAAAGAGCUAAAAAAGAAAAAAAAUGGAAGAUGCAAAUGAGUUAUGCAGUUGUGAUGAUUACAAGAAGAUAGCAGAUGAUUUUGUUCCUUAUUCGUUUGGUACGAUAAACCCCUACAGAAAGCCUAUGACAAGGAUGGAUGGCACCCCCUGCGAAUGUGACGAAUUUCCCUACAGUCACCUUUACAAAAAGGGAUUCAGGCUUGGAGAUAAGAGUUGCUUUGAUACAGGAACAACAGUCAAGUUGCCACCAUACUGGAUUGAGUGGAGGCAAAGGCCAGUUCAGCUCACAGAAAACAGGCUCACUUGGCCAAAGGCACUGCCUUUGAAUGGUUCGGUCAGUAAAGGCGUCUUGCCAUACGAAAGAAAACCAGAGAAAGUGUUGAAACAUGAAAGAUGCCUACGAUAUUACACCCCUCCAAAAUUGGAAUAUCUAGAUAUGAUAUACCACUAACAGGAGGUUGAAUGUGGAAAUUCCACACACAACAAGCAAAUCAGUGCUCCUACAGCAUAAAAAAGUAAAGUAGAAAUUUAAAACAGGAACUCACAUUGGGCAAUUGCAAAAACAGUGUCUCGUUCUGCUUCAAGAUUUGGUCUUAAUUUAGGAGGACCGAAAAACAUGCUGAAGACUGCUGACAAACCAUGCUUUUCCAUGAGCGGUUGAAUAUUUUUCUGAAAAAUGAAACAGGAGAUGAAGAAUCAAUCAAGAGAUAAUGAUCAAAACAUUGAGAGUGAGCAUGUACCAUAUGCUGAGUCAGAUCCGACUUCUUAAAAUGUUCGUAUGCUUCUUGGAAAGUAACUAAAGAUGUACACGUUUUGGCAGAAUAGUCCGCUGGUUCAUUGAGCUUUGGAGUGAUUGUGGCAACAUCAUCCCAUUCUUCUACCACAGCCAAAGAAGCUUUCCUAAGAAAAGAUUAAUAUUUUAGUGAGGUUUUCAUCAUAAUUUCAAACUAACUCAAAAUUUGUUAAGUGGAAACGUAGCAAUAAAUGUAGGGGAACGCUAACAUUGUGCACCAUUCAAUUCAAAGUGUUUCAACUAAACCAUCUACACAAAUCGUGCAACCAAGUUGUAAAUAAAAUUCUUUUG